AUGAACCGUAUUAUUAGAAAAGGUCAACUGUUUGUGUCUAUAUUGGCGUCAUUAUUAGUGACACAGACGUUGGGUGCCGCUAUAGAUUUACCAAAAGGCCCACAUAAUGUAAAACCGUUCCAUGGUGACCAGCCUGAACUUCAAAGAAGAGAAAAUGAGCCCUUUUUUGAAAUCGAUGUCAAGAGUCUGAACGCAAACUCACCCAUAUCCGAGUUGUGCAAAAAAGAUUUGCACGUCAUAGAUUCCUCACAAGAGCUUUUCCAUUUGCAAAACCAGUGUGAAUUCAUAUUGGGGUCCUUAAAAGUCACAAACUAUGACUCUAACAUCUUAGACUUGAACAGUUUGAGAGCAAUUGGUGGCGACCUUAUUAUUCAGGAUUCGCCUGAAAUAAUCAGAAUUCAGGCUGCAAACUUGAAUAAGGUCGAAGGGCUCUUCCAAUUACAAGGACUAACAUCUUUGGUUUCUAUUGAAAUUCCUACUUUGAAAUUUUGUCAGUCGCUUGAGUGGAAAGUGGUUCCCAUCUUGAACUAUGUGGCCAUGGAUUCUCAGAAUAUCGAGAUUAUUAAGGAUAUUGUUAUAUCAGAUACUUCGUUAGCAAACAUCGAAAACUUUAAUAAAGUUCAAGAAAUUGACAAUUUUAAUAUCAAUAAUAAUAGGUUUUUAGAAACCAUACAUUCGAAUGUUAAGACAAUUAAGGGCCAAUUCAGUGUUCAUGCAAACGCCAAGGAACUGGAACUUGAGAUGCCAUACUUGAGAGAAGUAGAAAACAUUACCAUUAGGGACACAUCUUUGGUCCACCUACCACAAUUGACAAAAGUGAAGAGCUCUUUAGAAUUCAUUGAAAAUUACUUUUACGAGUUGAACCUGAACAACUUGCAAAAAAUUGGCGGGACGUUAGGGAUUAUUAACAACGUGAAUUUGAUGAAAAUUGAUCUGGAAAAUGUAACAGACAUACAAGGUGGCUUGAUGAUUACCGAUAACGAAUCCCUUGAACAAAUCACUUUUUUGCCCAACUUGAAACAAAUUGGCGGUGCAAUUUUUUUUGAAGGUUCAUUCAAAGAUAUCAUGUUCGACAGUCUGAAAUUAGUCAAAGGUAGUGCCUUCAUUAAGAGCUCAUCAAAUGUUCUAGAUUGCAAUAAGUGGACAAACCCAUUGAAUGGAAGGUCAAUCAUUCGAGGUGGUAAAUUCACUUGUAUUUCUGGAAAGAAGGAAAAUACUUUGAACGUGAAACAGGAUGGCACGAUUAUAGAAAAAGCCUACAAAGAUUUAACACAGGAGGGCGAAGACUCCAAGAGGAGAGCAAUUUCAAAAUUCACGAACUCAGCCACUACAAAUGCACGAUUGAAUUUACUUCUUCUUGGUAUAAGCUUUGUUGCCAUGUUAUUGCUUUGA